AUGAACCGACCUGGGCGCACGGCCCCGGGCUCUCUGCUGUCCGCGCCGCUGCCGCUCACGGCGCUCCACCACCUCUAUGCCUGGGUGGACAGCGUGCCCUUCAGCCGCCCAAAGCGCCACCUGGCCCGGGACUUCAGCGACGGCGUGAUGAUUGCAGAGAUUGUGAAACACUUUCAGCCCAAACUUGUUGAAAUGCACAACUACAUCCCGACCAGUAACACCGAGCAAAAACUGAGCAACUGGAGCACUCUCAACAGGAAAGUGUUCCCUAAACUUCGCUUCUAUGUCUCAGAGGAGGACAUUCGGAAGGUUGUCAUCAGUGCCCCAGGGGCCAUUGAGUCUGUGCUGUCUACAUUGAGGCAAAAAGUGGAAGAAAAAUGCCAAAGGAAGGCCAUCCAGGAGGCCAGGAUGAACACAAAGGACCCCAUUGGAUUUGACAGCAUCGACAUCAACAGACACUUGGCAGAGCUAGAAAACUGCAAAUCUGCUGAAUCACCAGCUGGUAGGGUGCCUUCAGGCAAGAAGACAAUUCCUAGUCAGAAAGGAGAGGAGAGAGCCAGUGACCACUCUGGAAGGCAGGAUUCAAGCUUCAACCAGUGCCCACACAAUGAACCCAACUUCCAGCAGCUUCUGGAGCAGAAGGAGCAGGCACUCACCGUGCUCCAGGAGACGGUACAGAUUCUACAGAUGAAAGUGCAUAGGCUUGAACACCUGGUCCAGCUGAAGGACAUGAGGAUCGAGGACCUGACGAGACACCUGAACACCUCCAAAUAAGGGGGACUCAUCUGGUGUGGCCUCACCUCACCUCCCGUGGACAGAGCCUGGCCCCUCCUCACUUUGAGGCCUGGGAAGAACUGAGGGCAUCUGGUUAUCAGCAGCGCCCCUUCUCCUCCAGUGGGCUGACAUUGUCAUA